GGGGUCGCGAGGAUGGGGGGCGGAGGCGGGCUCGGGGAGAGCAUCCUCCCGGCCUCUUAGGGCCUCCUCCUCCAGCACCCCUGGCUUCGCACCGCACCCGCCCGGGGCCUCGUCCUGUCUUCCGUGGGCCUACACUCCAGGGCCCCUCUUCGGUCCCAUUAUGGGCUCCACCUUGUGGCAGGUGGAGCAGGCAAGUUCAGUGUGGCUCCGGAGAGAAUAACCGGGAAGUUGGAGCCGCGGUGUGUUAGAGAGAGGCUCAGCUUGACGCUGUCUCCAAAGGCAGUGCGGUCCAUAAGGAAGCAGGCUGUCCUGAAUGAUUGUGAGUGUCCUGUUAACGGAGGUGUGCAAGAGAGAGCGGAGAGCUUACUGGGCAGGAACUCUAUUUUAAAGACGUUUCAAAAAGAAAAAAAGUCAUGGAGAAGAAUGGGAAUAACCGAAAGCUUCGGGUUUGUGUUGCUACUUGCAACCGUGCUGAUUAUUCUAAACUCGCACCAAUCAUGUUUGGCAUUAAAACGGAACCUGAGUUCUUUGAACUUGACGUGGUGGUCCUUGGCUCGCACUUGAUAGAUGACUAUGGAAACACAUACCGCAUGAUUGAACAAGAUGACUUUGACAUUAAUACCAGGCUGCACACGAUUGUUAGAGGGGAAGAUGAAGCAGCCAUGGUGGAGUCAGUAGGCCUAGCCUUAGUGAAGCUACCAGAUGUCCUCAAUCGUCUGAAGCCUGAUAUCAUGAUUGUUCACGGAGACAGGUUUGAUGCCUUAGCUCUGGCUACAUCUGCUGCCUUGAUGAACAUCCGAAUCCUUCACAUUGAAGGUGGGGAAGUCAGUGGGACCAUUGAUGACUCUAUCAGACACGCCAUAACAAAACUGGCUCAUUAUCAUGUGUGCUGCACCCGAAGUGCAGAGCAGCACUUGAUCUCCAUGUGUGAGGACCAUGAUCGCAUCCUUUUGGCAGGCUGCCCUUCCUAUGACAAACUUCUCUCUGCCAAGAACAAAGACUACAUGAGCGUCAUUCGGAUGUGGUUAGGUGAUGAUGUAAAAUCUAAAGAUUACAUUGUUGCACUACAGCACCCUGUGACCACUGACAUUAAGCAUUCCAUUAAAAUGUUUGAGUUAACAUUGGAUGCACUUAUCUCAUUUAACAAGCGGACCCUAGUUCUGUUUCCAAAUAUUGAUGCAGGGAGCAAAGAGAUGGUUCGAGUGAUGCGGAAGAAGGGCAUUGAACAUCACCCUAAUUUUCGUGCAGUUAAACAUGUCCCAUUUGACCAGUUUAUACAGUUGGUUGCCCAUGCUGGUUGUAUGAUUGGGAACAGCAGCUGUGGGGUACGAGAGGUUGGAGCUUUUGGAACACCUGUGAUCAACCUAGGAACACGUCAGAUUGGAAGAGAAACAGGAGAGAAUGUCCUUCAUGUCCGGGAUGCUGAUACACAAGACAAAAUAUUGCAAGCAUUGCACCUUCAGUUUGGUAAACAGUACCCUUGUUCAAAGAUAUAUGGGGACGGAAAUGCUGUUCCAAGGAUUUUGAAGUUUCUCAAAUCUAUUGAUCUUCAAGAGCCACUACAAAAGAAAUUCUGCUUUCCUCCCGUGAAGGAGAAUAUCUCUCAAGAUAUUGACCAUAUUCUCGAAACUCUGAGUGCCUUGGCUGUUGAUCUCGGCGGCACGAACCUGCGAGUUGCAAUAGUCGGCAUGAAGGGUGAAAUAGUUAAGAAGUAUACUCAGUUCAAUCCUAAAACCUAUGAAGAAAGGAUUAAUUUAAUCCUACAGAUGUGUGUAGAAGCUGCAGCAGAAGCUGUAAAACUGAACUGCAGAAUUUUGGGAGUAGGUAUUUCCACAGGUGGCCGUGUAAAUCCUCGGGAAGGAAUUGUGCUGCAUUCAACCAAACUGAUUCAAGAAUGGAACUCUGUGGACCUCAGGACGCCCCUAUCUGACACUUUGCAUCUCCCCGUGUGGGUAGACAAUGAUGGCAACUGUGCCGCCAUGGCAGAAAGGAAAUUUGGCCAAGGAAAGGGCUUGGAAAACUUUGUGACACUGAUUACAGGCACAGGAAUUGGCGGGGGAAUCAUCCAUCAGCAUGAACUGAUCCAUGGAAGCUCCUUCUGUGCGGCAGAACUUGGCCACCUUGUUGUCUCUCUGGAUGGGCCUGACUGUUCCUGUGGAAGCCAUGGGUGUAUUGAAGCCUAUGCCUCUGGAAUGGCCUUGCAAAGGGAAGCAAAAAAGCUGCAUGAUGAAGACCUACUCUUGGUAGAAGGGAUGUCAGUGCCAAAAGACGAGGCCGUGGGUGCACUCCAUCUCAUCCAAGCUGCAAAACUUGGCAAUGCAAAGGCCCAGAGCAUCUUGAGAACAGCUGGAACGGCUUUGGGUCUUGGGGUUGUGAACAUCCUCCACACUAUGAACCCUUCCCUUGUGAUCCUCUCUGGAGUCCUAGCCAGUCACUACAUCCACAUUGUCAAAGACGUCAUCCGCCAGCAAGCCUUGUCUUCAGUUCAGGAUGUGGAUGUGGUGGUUUCGGAUUUGGUGGAUCCUGCCCUGCUUGGUGCCGCCAGCAUGGUUCUGGACUACACAACUCGCAGGAUCUACUAGGCCUCUCAGUCGUGGACAUGGACCAAGACGCGAGAGCUCCUCAUUGCAAUCAGCCUGUCUUUUAAAUGAACAUUUCUUAAAAAGCGAGUUUGGAUCUACAGCCAUGCCACCCUGAACAUGCCCGAUCUCAUCUGAUCUCGGAAACUAAGGAAGGUCGGGUCUAGUUAGAUGGGAGACCACCUAGGAAGACCGGGUACUGUAGGCAUUAAAAAACAAAACAAAACAACGAAUUUGGUAUUUAAAUUUGCUAUUUUGCAGGUGACUUUGGCAGAGCAGUUUUUGCUUUUAAUUUCUCUUCCAAAGUUGCCUUUUCCCAACCAUUUCUGUAGAUGCUGCCCUUUCUGGGGUCAUUUCAGCUCAAACCCUAUAACCCUAGCCAGUUUUCUGUGCCAAAAGGAGCAACAAUAGAAGAUGAAGCCUUAGGCCUCUGCUUUCUAUAUGUACCGCUCAGACUUGCAGGCCUUCCUUGGGAUGUGACCUGGAUUAUUAAUCCUUCCUCCUCUGACCCUGAACUGAGAUCAUAGAAAGGGAUCCAGUCAAGGAACAGAAGGAAAUCUUACCACGAAAGGUUUAAGUAAACUUUUUAAAAAACAGCUUUAUUGAGCUCUUUUUAAAAGUUUGAUAAACUUCAAUAUAUGUAUAUACCUGCGAAACCAUUACCACUAUCAUGAUAUUAAUAUAUCUGUCACCACCCACCCUGCCUCCCCGCCCCCGCCAUUACUUAUUCCUCUUAGAACCUUGAGCAACUUUAGACCAGGGAUCUGAAUUAUACUGGCUUUAAUGACCCUGUCCUUAUAUUCUUAAGAACAACUGAGAAGCCACUAGGACUUAUACCCUCUGAAAGGAGAUUAAUAGUCCCAAAAGCAUCUUUGCUGCUGGCAAGCAGACACCUCUCCCUUCAGUAGCUUUUCAUACUAUGUCGAAUAUGACUCUGGAGUGUCUUUUAAGGUGAGGUUUGUGAUAUCUAGAGCCCACAUCUGUGAAUGUGAAUUCUGGCUAAAUAAGAUUCCAUGCCAUCAAGGCACAAAGAAAGGACAAGAUUCUUGCUGUCAAUUACAAGCUGGAAGAAAUACUAAUAGUCACCAUUUAUUAAGUGCCUACUAUGUCAGACUCUGAACUAACAUUCUGAAUUCUCACAACCUGUGAUGUAGAUGUUUUAAUUCCCAUUUUGUAGAACCCCAAACUAAGCCUUAGUGUUUAGACAUACCUAAAGCUAUAGGCUAGUGAGUCUUAGAGACAGGGUUUGAUCCCAGGUCCCGCUGUAGUUUUCUGCUAAGCCUACAACCUCUUAUAUCAGAAACUUUCAAAAUGCAAAUAUAUUCUGAUUUACUUACUGCAAGCUACCAAAUAAGCUUUAAUAAGAAUAUCUCAUUAGUAAUAACUUGAUUUAUCCUUGACACUAUCUCUAAACAGUGGAUUUAAUCAGAUAUUCCUUUAGGCUAAGUUUUGCUGGUACAGUUUGGACUAGUAAUAGCUUUUAUAAGUACUUUUGGAUGAUCUAAAACAUAUACAUAUGUUUUUCAGAUUGUUUUAUUAUUUUAGGAAAACCUGAAGCUUUCUACAACAUAUUAUUUCAGUAUUAGCAUAUAAAAUGAAAUGAAGGAAUCAACUACUUCCUUCCUGGUGGGUUAAUAUGAAAAGAUAUGUUGGCUGAUUUCUAGAAUUCUGCCAGCCCUGAAAUAAUCUCCAAGUCCUGGUUAUUGUUGAAACAUUCCAGUGAUUCCUGGGAAGGAGGCUAGUCUGCUCAGCCAUCAGUGUCUGGGGCAAGAUGGUAUACUGUGAAGGGGUGUCAGUUGUUCCUUGGUGAAAUCUGUAACCAUUCUAUACACCAGACAAUUGCAUUGCUACCCAAAUAUAUGAAGGAUGAUACUGAAUCUAAAUCAAAAUCUUAGUUUUUAUUAAACUCAUAGGCUAAUAUAUUCCAACAUAA